CAAACAUGGCCGACUUCUGUUGAUAUUUUGGAAAGCGUUACUCAAGUUUGUCUUUUGUGUUGAAUCUAAAGUGCAUCUCCCGUGGAAUUAUUGUGAUUCUGUUACCAUGGAUACCGGUUCUGUUAAUGGCAUGGAUGACAGCCUCAGGAGACUCGCCAGUUUCCAGGAGCAUCCGCUACCAGAGCCGGGCCGGAGGAACCACGCGUCUUUGUUGACAUACAAUUCCCCCAUGAAGCUGUCAAAUGCUGGGUUUUAUCGCCACCCUGAAGCUCUGGGGGACGAGGUGAAGUGUUUCCAAUGUUCCGUGUCGUUCCGGGGAUGGUCAGGCGAGUCGCCGAUGGCCGUGCACCGUGUCCUUAGUCCGGACUGUGCCUUCUUAGCGAGACACACACCGGCACUUUUGACAGCUCGGAGACCCGGGAGAACCCGACCAGGUGACCCCCGUAACGUCCGACGACGUUUGCAGAUGAGCACACCGACGUCGACGGAGGACACACCAAGUGACACAGGCUCUGGUACCCAGGAACAGAGCGUGCUGGCUGUGUACGACAGAUAUAAUACUCACAGAACGCCCGAGCAGUCGGAUACUGAAAAUCAGGUCAAUGUGGGUGAUGAACGAAUUGGGUCGAUGUUGUUUGAGAGUCACCGACUCCUCACCUUCCCCAGCCCUACCCACCCACGGGCUGAGGUGUGGGCGGGGUCGGGGUUUGUGUACCAGGGGGAGGGGGGCGUGGUCAGGUGUGUGUUCUGUGGGCUGGAGAUGUUGUAUGAUGUGGAUGAACCUGCCAAGAGACACCAGGAGAUGUCCAAGAAUUGUCCUGUCAUCAAGUACCUGGAUAUUGGAAAUAUACCAAGAGACUUGGAAAACAAGAUCAGAUCACAGCAUCAAGGACAAUCUUGUGACAACCUCUUUGUGAGUGGUGAUCCUAUGUUUAAACACCCCCAGUUUGAGGAAAUGCAGGACAGACUAGAGACAUUUAAAUAUUGGUCUGAACAAAUAAGACCAACAGCUGAUCAACUUUGCCAAGCAGGGUUCUAUUUCACAGGGUACACAGACAAGGUUGUGUGUUUUGCCUGUGGGUGUGGCCUGCAUCACUGGAAGCCCGAGGCCAACCCCUGGGUGCAGCAUGCCAGACACGCCCCUCACUGCGUCUUUGUGAAGCAGCACAAGGGAGAUAACUUUACUUUGGAAGCUCAGGAGGCUCAGACUCUGACAGAGAGCGACACAGCUGAAGACCAGUGCGGCACCCCUGGCAGCCCGGCCACGCCCUCCCCACUCCGCCCGAGUCUGGACAUGGCGGCCAUCAAGGCAGCCUUGGCAUGUCAGUAUGAUGUACAGCAAAUCCGACAAGCUGUUCUUAAAUUCUUUAUCUUGUCCCGUGGGUUCUACCCUAACGAGGCGCUGCUCCUCGGCACUCUGCGAGCCUCCGACGCCAACUUCUCCCAGCUACAGAGACAAAGGGAGACAAUCCACACCAAGGACCUGAGUCUCAUCAGACAGAGCGAGGAGAUCCAGCAGAAGGACCAGCUGCUGGAGAGGAAGGAUGAGGAGAUGGAGCGCACCCACGAGGAGUACCACACAGAGCUGAGUCGGGAGCAGGCACAGCGGCGGUGUGAGAUGCAGGCACUGACUGCCAGGCUGCAGGCACAGGCCCAGGUCAUCCAGAGACAGGGGCAGAGACACGCCCAGGUGGAGCGGAGACACGCCCAGGUGGAGCGGAGACACGCCCAGGUGGUGCAGGUUAAGGACCACCAGCUGGGACACAAGGAUGAGGAGCUGGACAGGAAGCAGAGGGAGCUGAACAGUCUGGCUGUGGAGAUGAGGAGACAGGCCGAGGAGAACAGGAGACAGGCGGAGGAGAACAGGCGGAAGGACGAGGAACUGGAGAGACUAAGGCAGCUUCUACAAGCUAACAACAUACAGAACAACGGCCCUGUCAACAACAACGCUGCUGCUGCUGCUGUCCCCGCCCCCGGUGUCCCUGCCGACCCCGCCUACGCCCGAUGUAAGGUGUGUCUGGAGGAGGAGGCCCAGUGUCUGUUCCGCCCGUGUCGACACGUGUGUUGUGGCACUCAGUGUGCCCCCCACUUCAUCGGGAAGACGUGCCCCGUCUGUCGGAGCAGUGUGCGUGACUGGGAGGUCAUCUAUGUGGCGUAGACACACACCUCAGCCCCGUCUGUCGGAGCAGUGUGCGUGACUGGGAGGUCAUCUAUGUGGCGUAGACACUCACCUCAGCCCCAUCUGUCGGAACAGUGUGCGUGACUGGGAGGUCAUCUAUGUGGAAUAGACACACACCUCAGCCCCAUCUGUCGGAACAGUGUGCGUGACUGGGAGGUCAUCUAUGUGGCGUAGACACACACCUCAGCCCCGUCUGUCGGAGCAGUGUGCGUGACUGGGAGGUCAUCUAUGUGGCGUAGACACACACCUCAGCCCCAUCUGUCGGAACAGUGUGCGUGACUGGGAGGUCAUCUAUGUGGCGUAGACACACACCUCAGCCCCAUCUGUCGGAACAGUGUGCGUGACUGGGAGGUCAUCUAUGUGGCAUAGACACACACCUCAGCCCCAUCUGUCGGAAAAGUGUGCGUGACUGGGAGGUCAUCUAUGUGGCAUAGACACACACCUCAGCCCCAUCUGUCGGAACAGUGUGCGUGACUGGGAGGUCAUCUAUGUGGCAUAGACACACACCUCAGCCCCAUCUGUCGGAAAAGUGUGCGUGACUGGGAGGUCAUCUAUGUGGCAUAGACACACACCUCAGCCCCAUCUGUCGGAACAGUGUGCGUGACUGGGAGGUCAUCUAUGUGGCGUAGACACACACCUCAGCCCCAUCUGUCGGAACAGUGUGCGUGACUGGGAGGUCAUCUAUGUGGCGUAGACACACACCUCAGCCCCAUCUGUCGGAACAGUGUGUGUGACUGGGAGGUCAUCUAUGUGGCGUAGACACACACCUCAGCCCCAUCUGUCGGAACAGUGUGCGUGACUGGGAGGUCAUCUAUGUGGUGUAGACACCCACCUCAGCCCCAUCUGUCGGAACAGUGUGCGUGACUGGGAGGUCAUCUAUGUGGCGUAGACACCCACCUCCGUCUCAGAAUCUUAGUGGCAGCUAUGAGGUGUCUGUUUUGUCCAUGUGUUCGUUUCAUCAUUUUUAUUGUCUGUCUGUCCCCCGCCGUGAUAUUGCUGGAAUAUUGAUAAAGGCGGCGUAAAACCAUACACUCUCACACAAUUGUCCGUCUAUUUUCUAGUCCACAGGGACUCCGCAUGCUCCUCAUUUCAUCAGGAACACUUGCCCCAUCUGUUGGAACUUUGUGUGACUGGGAGAUCAUCUGUGUGGUGUGGACUAUAGACCUCACAUCUUGCUCUACACCAGAAACUGGGAGAUCAUCUGUGUGGUGUGGACUAUAGACCUCACAUCUUGCUCUACACCAGAAACUGUUUCUUGUUAUGACCUGUAUAGAAAUGCUAUUUUAGUGGAAG